AUGGCGGAGUACGAUUUGACAACAAAAAUAGCACAUUUUCUGGACCGGCAUUUGGUUUUUCCCUUAUUGGAGUUCUUGUCAGUGAAAGAGGUGAAUUAUCAGGUGUAUUUUAUGAUGAAAUGAGUCAGUGUAAGUGGGUAUUUUUGGUCAUUUUGUCUCCUGAACGCGGUCAUUGAGCGCUGACUCGUCCGAGCUGCUGUCAAACUUAGUCAAAAUUAAAGCUCGUCAGCUGGUUAAAAGCAAUAAUAUUAGAUAUGAACUUUCUUUUCUACUGUUAAAAUUACUUUUUUAAUUCAUCCUCAUUAGAAACGUGUAUGUUUGAGGGCGUUAACGGAUGUGUUUGUGUUGUUGUUAGCGGGUUAGCUUUCGCUCCGUAGUUAGUAAACAGGACCAGCUGUCUGCUUCUGGUUAGCACAGCUGUAAAUAAACAUGAUUUAUUAUCCAAUUAUAACAUCAAUUAUACUUGUUUUUAACGUUUAACAGAUCUACAAUGAGAAGGAACUUCUUCAGGGGAAGCUGGAUCUCCUCAGCGACACGAACAUGGUGGACUUCGCCAUGGAUGUCUACAAACACCUGUAUGCUGACAAGGAAAUCCCUCACUGUAAGAACUCUAAAUGUUGCUUAAAAAACACUCAUUAACCCCCCUGAAGCAGAGAUGGUCAUGUAAACUGUAACCAUGGUGACAGUACCCACAAUCUCCUCAGGGAGUAGUGUUGUGUCGUUUGCGAACGAUUCGUUCAAAGGAACCGAAUCUUUUGAAGUGAACGUACUGAACUGAAGUGAUUCGUUCGUUUCUCACUCAGUUAGAUGCUAUAGCACGCAGCAUUGCCAGGCGAGCAGCCGGAGAAUGAGGGAUCGCAUGUACUGACCCCUGAAUCACUUAAUAAAUGAAUCACGCGUUGAACUUCACUCUCUGGAAUCAUUUUCGUCGGACUUAACUACCUUUUUUAUUUUUCACUGCUAAAUUCCCACCACAAUAACUGGCAUACAAAAGGACACAGCAUGAAACAAGUAGUGCAUUAAACCUGCAGCAUCCUAUCAUUGCAGCGGUUUGUGAGGGAACGGUUCAUGUUCAGUGUCUUCAAACGUCUUCUAAACAUUCAGUGAACAAAUCACUCACUGAGUCCAAUUCACCGAGCAGACCUGGUAAAUAUCAUACCAUAGGACACUUCAAACAUCAUGACUUAUAAACAAGUUCCUUUUUACAAACCUGUUUGUCAAAGAAACACGGACAAACACUCUCGUCUCUCAGUCCCAGAAACUUUAAUCUUAUUUUGAAGGUGUAACUGAAUAUUCCAGCAUAUAUUCUUUUAAAAACUGUGAUUGGCUGAUUCAGAAAAAGAGGAAAACUGUUUUUGAUGAGCGCCUCUUAAUAACAGACGUUGAAGACUGAUCAUAGAAUCUGAACAAGUAUUAUUUUUUAAAUUUUUAAUGUAAUUAUUUCUGUUUAAUUAUUUGUAAACGUAACUUGAAAACUCAUGCCAACUGCAUCGCUGCCUCCUCACAGAUCUGACACACCUGGUCAGGGAGACCAGUUGCGUUUCUUUUAAAACCUGACAUGAUCGAUGAACAUGUGUGGGAUCUUGCACUGAUACUGAAAUGUUCUGGCAUUCAGUCUUGAUGUAUGUAAUGACCUGUAAUAACCUGUGGGCUUCUGUCCUGUUUCAGCUCUGAGGGAGAAGAGGAGUAAUGUGGUGGCUCAGCUGAAGCAGCUCCAGUCAGAGACGGAGCCGAUCGUCAAGAUGUUUGAAGACCAAGAGACCACCCGGCAGAUGCAGUCCACGAGGUCAGAUCUGUUUGUCAAAGCAGCAUACUUUAACACAUUUAUUUAUUUAUUGAUUGAUUGAUUUAUUUAUACAUUUAUGCUAUGACACGGUGCAAAACUAAUUUAUGGUCAAACCCACCGUAACCCCGAGUUAGACCCCCCCUCCAGAGAUGAAUGUUGUCGACCGCUUGCUUCUCUAGUUAUACCAACUUUAGUAACGACCGCAGGAUAGAAAUACAGAGAGCCACGCCCCCAACCAAAACGCCACUCUAUAGCCACAAAUAAUGCUCAGAACAGCACCUAACUUCAUCAACAGGACAUAUAGGGUCACAGACAUAGUACUAGACACCAAACAUCUUUUUAACUUUGACUCAUUUCUUUAGCAAAGAGACUAAACACAACUCACCUACUCUCUUCCAGCAGCCGCUUGUUUGUAGAGAGACCUCAGGCCAGUCCAUUACAGACUACAGCGGGGUGCCGCAGCUCAAGGAAGAACAUUUAUGAUCAUUUCUGACGCGGUAGUUCUUCUGUCUUAGCGUCUUGGUCUGGUUUGACCCUAAAUUAAUUUUACUCCAGAAUAUCCCUUUAAUUCUGGACAGACUAUAACGAGCGUUUGUCUGAUUCGUGUCGAUCUGUGUGUUUAAUCUUCAGGGAUGGGAGGAUGCUCUUCGACUAUCUGUCAGAGAAACACAAUGUAAGUUUGGAGACAUUUACUGAAGCCUCAUCUUCUUAUCGUUCAGAAAGUCCACGGCGCUCCAGUCUUUAGAGGAGUGUUUGGUUUCCAUAACAACCGGCUCCCACUGUUAGCCACCGGGGAUGUUUUUUCCAAACCGGUCCUCACCAAUCAUCCUGGUGCUGAUCCGAAUCACUUCACUAUUGUUCUCCUGUAGUCAAGUGCAGAUAAAUUAGUCCGUUCAUCAAAGCGUUGUGGAGAUCAUGAGUUUUUCUUUAAGAGGAGGGUUUCAUGUCAGCGUGAUAAAAGAACGAGCUCGCUGUCUUCGCCUCAGAUGAUGAAAGAUGUCGGCGCGCUCCUUAAUAAGACACAUUCUGUCACUCUCGCAGCGUUAGUUAGCGUCUCUGAGGGAGGAAAAGGCAAAUAUGCUGUUUGAAAACUAGACGUCCAGAACUUGACGGCAAUAAAUUCAUUUUAACUGAAAUAUACAGCUGCAGGUAGAAAAUCUCCUCCUCUUAGAGUCUCUGUAAUCGUUGCUUGUACAUCUUUCACUUUGACUUUCUCUCUCUUUGACAGUUUCGUCAGGAAUACCUGGACACUCUCUACAGGUACGCCAAGUUUCAGUACGAGUGCGGGAACUACUCUGGAGCUGCAGAGUACCUUUACUUCUUCCGUGUGCUGGUAGGAAGAACAACCACCACCGCUCUCUAACUAGAAGAAGUUCUGCUGGGUUCUGUUUUCACAUAUUCACGGACUCUGUCAGGUUCCCUCGACCGACAGGAACGCCCUGAGCUCUCUGUGGGGGAAACUGGCCUCUGAGAUCCUCAUGCAGAACUGGGAAGCAGCCAUGGAGGACUUGACUCGGCUGAGGGAGACGGUUGAUAACAACGUAAGCGAAGAACAAUCGAAGAAACGAAAUUGCAUGUUUGUUCGUAUCCGUUUUUUAUUGACGAGGAUUUGAUCAGAAACGUCCUAAUAAAACGUGAAAUAUCGUUUGCUGUUUGUAAUCUCACCUGAUGGUGGUCCGCCGCGGCACCUCCAAAUGUGGAGUUAAAUUUGAUGUGGAGAUAAUUUAGGAAAACCACAAGAGAAGGAGACUCUGGAUUAAAGCUGUAGGACGCUCCUAAGACCUGGACGGGUCUAAACCUCGAACUAGCUGAAGGGAGCAUCUGUAUCAUCACAUCGAAGCACUUUUAUCUCAACACUGAUUCAGGAAGAGAGGAAGGUUGAUUUUCAGACAGUUUUUCAACCUGCAUAAAUGAGAACACCUUCACCUCUCAAACUGCGACGUUAUCGACCCACCGGGAUGGAAAAUACUCACAGCUUUCAUCCUGAGGAGAGACCUUCGCUUAGAUAUUUGUGAACAUCACGGCCUCUCGGACCGUGUAUGAGAAUCAAGUUUCUCCUCAUCUGAUUACCGAUUAAUCAGCCGAUUGUUUUAAAUUUUCUAUGAAGUUAUAAAAAAUCCAUAUAAACUGUAGAGAUACUGUAGGCUGCUGCUCUUCACGCCGACAUGAAGACCGACUGAUCAAACUCGGACCAGAAAAGUGUUUUUAACUACGACCCGUCUCGCCGAUAAAUCGGUCAGGCCCUAUAUUAAUAUAAUAUAAUAUAGUAUAAUAAGCAUCUCUCUGAAAAGACGGAGCGUUAACAAACUUCUGCUUCUCUCUGAUUCGUUCUCAUCUUUAAAAUCAGUCUUUGUGUGAAACUGCGAGUUCAUUGUUUGGUAAAAACACUAACGCCCCGUUUUGUCCUUUCAGUCGGUGAGCUCUCCUCUUCAGUCGCUCCAGCAGAGGACCUGGCUCAUCCACUGGUCCCUGUUUGUGUUUUUUAAUCAUCCUAAAGGCCGAGACAACAUCAUCGAGCUCUUCCUCUACCAGCCUCAGUGAGUCUCAGGAUGAUGCUGCUGCUGCCCCCUUUGGUUUGAGGGCCGUCCUUGCAGUCGUGUCGUCAUCCUGUUUCUUUAACCUGAAUAGGAUUUUAUUAGAAAGUUAAAGUUUUAUUAGAAAGUUAAAGUUUGUCGCUCUUUUACAAGUUUCUCCCUCUAAGGCGCUUCUGAGCUCCAACUGUAAAAAAAAGAACACACUCUUCCUCUUCUUCUUCUUCUUCUUCUUCUUCUUCUUCUUCUUCUUCUUCUUCUGUAUUCUUCUUCAGGUACCUGAAUUCCAUCCAGACCAUGUGCCCACACAUCCUGAGGUACCUUACAACGGCAGUCAUCACCAACAAAGACGUCAGGAAGCGUAGGCAGGUGCUGAAGGACCUGGUGAAAGUUAUUCAACAGGUCAGGUUUAUAAAUGUGGUCUGAUGGUUUUCGUCUGAAGAGUCUCUGAUUCAGUUUUUUCUUUCUGUCCCUCAGGAGUCCUACACGUACAAAGACCCCAUCACAGAGUUUGUGGAGUGUCUCUACGUGAACUUUGACUUCGACAGCGCCCAGAAGAAGCUGAGGGAGUGUGAGUCGGUACGGAUAUCUCCCUCCUUCUCCUCUGCUGCUCGACAGCGUGUUUGUCACGGCGCUCGGGACUAAACCUCGCCUCAAAACGUGGCUGUCUCCCGGGACUGAAGGCUAAUAUGAAGCUUCUCUUAGUUAUGGCGCUCUGAUCUCCUGAGUCCUUCGCAUAUAACUUUGCAGCUAUUCAGCCUCGGCAAAUCCACGUCUGGCCUGAUUUGCCGGCUCUUACUUUUAUUGGGUCUGAUUUUCAAAGCGGAACAGCUGUCAGAUUUGGAGCUCGGUCGCCUUCUCUUCAGAAACCCUUGACUGCGGUUUUUGUGGUUGUGUUUGGGGACCACUUUGCGCUCUCUCUGAGCACUCUCUCAUCAAUUGGCUUUUCUUCCCUCUUGUAUAAAUUAUGCAGCGAUUGCAGAAGCCCCAACUAUCCUGUCAGAUACGGAGCGUGAGCGCGGUGACGGCGUUAAGCCUCUCUGUUGUCUCGUGUUCCUCUGACCUUUAAUUAUCAGGAGGAUCUAAAAUAACAUGUUUUUCUAAGUUUCUUCCUCAUGAGAUCAACACUUCGUCUUAAUUACCGCAUCAAUAUUUUCCCAGGACGAUGUUCUUAAUGGAAGUCUGAGCCGUGUUCUGCUGGAGGUGAAAUAAUCAUGCUUGUUUUCUCUCUCCUCCGAUAUAAUGAUCCUGAGUGCGGUCAUAAACUCGGCGAGCGUUCGUGGACGACCAUGGCACCUCCGUUAGUGUUAACCGCUGCAAAGUGCUGGAUAAUUGGAUUUCUUACAUAAUAACACCCACUUGUGAAAUAAUGGUGCCACAUCUUCAGUCCAAAUCCCAGACUUUAAUAUAUUCAUGGAUUCGUAAAUUUAAGCUCCUCUGGAGAUUUUGAGGUGGUCAAACAUCCCGUCUGACGUUUCUGUGAAAACCGCAGAUAAGAGGCGUCAGAAUAUAAUCUCCUCACUCGCUCUGCAGGGACUCCAGGCUGCUGAUCGCUUCAUGCCUCAGACAUGUUGGCUGACUGACUGCGUCUGUGGUGCAAUUAAGACGGAGUAAUGAGUUCGGCUCCGACCGCAGCGUGACAGCUUCUGGGUCGGGUUUGGAGCAGACGCAGCUGUGGGACGUUCAGAGACUCUGUGUUUGUUUUAUUUUCCUUCGCUGCUCCGUCUGCAGAGAGAAGAAACGGUGAUUACAGAACAGGGUUACAAACCAACGAAGGCCCAACAUGACACAGUCACAGGUGAUAAUCGAAACAGUCAUGGCGUUUUUACGGUAAACGGUCUGCUGUAAAAUCGCACCGCUCCACGAAUGUUUCUCUGUUUUUGUCCAGAAUAACUUAAACAUUAGUUCUCUAACUGAGGUCAGGAGGAUCGGUCAGGUUCUGAUGAGACCUUCUAUGUAGGGCUGCAUGAUUCAUCGAUUUUAAAUUGUAAUCAGAUUAUUUAAAAGAAAUUAAAAUCUUUAAAUCUAUUUUAUUCUCCAUCAUGUCUCACACUUCCACGCCCCCGUACGCUCGCCCUUCCUGCCAGAGCGACUUUUUCGACCCCCCGAGGGACUUAUUUUUUAAAAAGCGCCUAGCGACAAAUCUAGCACAUUUUUCUGGUGUUUCGAGACUCUAAAAUAAGAGCAGGUAUCGAUGUUUCUCCUCUCAACACGUAGCCAGUAUUCGGCGGCGGCGGUGGGUUUGACGAAGAUUAUGCAAAUUAGACGAUAACGUCAUCUACCGACUUUUAUGACAGCCACCAGCGACUUUCUUUACACUGGUCUCCAGUUCCCACACACACCAGUGUAAACAAACAUGGCGUUUGUAAAAGAAGGCGAUAAUUUCGUGGUUAAAAAGGACAAGAGCGAGUCAGUCGUGUUGAAUUGGUACGACUUCACAGUUUCAGAUGAAGAGUAAACCACUCCCCGCUGCGACGUCUGUCUGAAGGCGGUAUCAACCCGUCACCAUGGAAACAAACACUAAAGUUUUUUGUCGUAUCGGCGUUUCAGGUGACAGUAAACGGUACUUUUUGAAAACGGGUCAGAGAGUGAAUAAAUCUGUAAACGACGGCCAUUUCAUCUCCGUGUGGAUGUCUAUCUGCAUCGCUGGAAACGGUCAUGUGACACACGGCGAUGGCAGCUGCGCGUGUCUUCUUCUGUCGUUUGGGCAUUUCCUCUGCAGCGUUACAGCGCCACUUACUGGCUUGGCAUAUGAACUACAUCGUUUUCAGAGCGAUGAUAGAAAAACCUUUUAUUAAAGUGAAGUUUGGUGAAGUUGUUGCUAAAUAAGAAACUGAAAAUGGGGGUUUCAUUUCUGGCCCCACAGACGGACAGUCCGUCUCCUCGUUGUGGUUCCUUCUCCUCGUCGUGGUUCCGUCUCCUCGUUGUGGUUCCGUCUCCUCGUUGUGGUUCCUUCUCCUCGUUGUGGUUCCUUCUCCUCGUCGUGGUUCCUUCUCCACGUCGUGGUUCCGUCUCCUCGUCGUGGUUCCUUCUCCUCGUCGUGGUUCCUUCUCCUCGAUGUGGUUCCUUCUCCUCGUUGUGGUUCCUUCUCCUCGUCGUUGUUCCUUCUCCUCGUCGUUGUUCCUUCUCCUUGUCGUGGUUCCUUCUCCUCGUCGUGGUUCCUUCUCCUCGUCGUGGUUCCUUCUCCUCGUCGUGGUUCCUUCUCCUCGUCGUUGUUCCUUCUCCUCGUCGUUGUUCCUUCUCCUCGUCGUGGUUCCGUCUCCUCGUCGUGGUUCCUUCUCCUCGUCGUGGUUCCUUCUCCUCGUCGUGGUUCCUUCUCCUCGUCGUGGUUCCUUCUCCUCGUUGUGGUUCCUUCUCCUCGUUGUGGUUCCUUCUCCUCGUCGUGGUUCCGUCUCCUCGUUGUGGUUCCUUCUCCUCGUCGUGGUUCCUUCUCCUCGAUGUGGUUCCUUCUCCUCGUUGUGGUUCCUUCUCCUCGUCGUUGUUCCUUCUCCUCGUCGUUGUUCCUUCUCCUUGUUGUGGUUCCGUCUUCUCGUCGUGGUUCCUUCUCCUCGUCGUGGUUCCUUCUCCUCGUCGUGGUUCCUUCUCCUCGUCGUUGUUCCUUCUCCUCGUCGUUGUUCCUUCUCCUCGUCGUGGUUCCGUCUCCUCGUCGUGGUUCCUUCUCCUCGUCGUGGUUCCGUCUCCUCGUUGUGGUUCCUUCUCCUCGUCGUGGUUCCUUCUCCUCGUUGUGGUUCUGUCUCCUCGUCGUGGUUCCUUCUCCUCGUCGUGGUUCCUUCUCCUCGUCGUGGUUCCUUCUCCUCGUCGUGGUUCCUUCUCCUCGUUGUGGUUCCUUCUCCUCGUCGUGGUUCCGUCUCCUCGUCGUUGUUCCGUCUCCUCGUCGUGGUUCCGUCUCCUCGUCGUGGUUCCGUCUCCUCGUUGUGGUUCCUCCUCUGAAUACAAGUUAAAGCGAUAAAAAGCUCCUCCAGCACAGACAGACACGGUGUUUUGCUUUUAACGGUAGCAUCCUUGGGAGAUCGGGGUUGUAUAGCGGCUCAUUGGAGAGGCAGUAAUCUCUGAAAUGAGCCGAACAGAUGGAGUAACACAGACUGAAAGACUCGGGUGUUGCACAGAAACAUAAACUUCAGCCGCUGGUCUGGAGAAGAGGAAGGCGAUGAAACAUUUGCUUUGUGACCUCGAACCGUUUUCUAUCCUGUAGCUUGAUUGCUUUUUCAGAAAACAAGACAAAAACUCGCCUGCAGAGAAAAACACUCGUCUGAGAGAGAAAGACUCGGCGUGUUUCCGACAGAAAGACAUUUACAUUCUCCUCUUUCAGGGCUCCAAACGGUCCGACACGACGCCGUCUCACCUCUCAAAGAGCGGCCCACGCUCCGCUCCGGUUCUGCCUCACCUGCUCUGAUCGCCAACGAACAACAAAGUUCCUUUUAAAUGUCACCUCCGAAAGUCUCCUGAUGGAAACCAAAGAAGACGGAUGCUGCCUCCGUCCUCGUUUAGUCCCCCUGACAUGUCCAGCACUCGAGGAUUGGUGGGAAGACAUCAAACAGUUAUUUCUGAAGGAGUGAGAGAGACGAUCCAGGAAACUCUGCCAGCCCGGUUUUUAUAGGAACACCAACUCAACUUCAGGACUCGGACUCUCUUGGAGAGCAGUGAGUCGUUUUGGCCUUACAUGAAAAAUGAGAAGUGAUGGAGCUCAGCAGAGGGAAACUGCUUCUCCUCAAACUGUCGUGUCUUAAAGCUUUAAAUGGACGUUUGCUGUAAAACUGUCUCUCCAGGUCUCUGUUCUUCGUCCUCCGACCACUUUUAAAAAUGCAGCUUCAGUCUGACGACUUUAUUUCUGCCCUACAGCCUCAAACCUGGUCAAAGGUUCGGCUCCUUUUGGCUUUUGCACCGAGAAACACCAGGUGAUUUUGUCCUUUAUUAUCAGUCUAAGUCACGUAUACGUGCGCUCUCUGACCCGUUUACUGUCACCUGAAACGCCGUUUCUGUGUGGAUGAAACGCCGAUACGACAAAAAACGACUCCUGAGUUUGUUUCCAUGGUGACGGGGUGAUACCGCCUUCAGACAGACGUGGCAGCAGGGAGUGGUUUACUCUUCAUCUGAAACUGUGAAGUCGUACCAAUUCAACACGACUGACUCGCUCUUUUCCUGUUUAACCACGAAAUUAUCGCCUUCUUUUGCAAACGCCAUGUUUGUUUACACUGGUGUGUGCGGGAACUGGGGAGGAAGGGGGAGGAGCCUACGGUGGUCUAGAGGUGCGAGACAUGAUAGAGAGGAAAAUCGAUUUGAGGAUUUUAAUUUUUUUUAACAUCGUCAUAAUCAAAUAAUCCGAUAUGGAUUUAAAAUCGAUUGAUCGUUCAGCCCUAGCUGUCUGGUUACCUGAUGCCCCCAGAGGCUGUUAUCUGGUUAUCUAUGAUACAUCGCUCAUAUUGAUCCAGGGCCCGGUGAUACGGCCUCAAAUCAAUAUCAGGAUAUAUUGAUCAGUUCACCUGGAUAACGAUAAAUGGACGAUAACUUCUCUUCUCUGCUCAGCCCCUCCCACAUUAACUUCGUCUACUUCAGCCGCUACAACCUUUGACCCGUCCUCCAUCUCCUCACCUGUCUUUACCUCUUUGUUACGGACUGGAGGGGGCGGAGUCACGUCUGUGACGUAGGACAGCAUCUUAAAGGGACAUGAGACCAUAGCCUACCUACACACAUCCAAAAACAACUUUAAUGAUUUAUUGAUUUAUUGAUUAUGACACUGAAUAUACCGGUUUGGCCAAAAUGACGUCGGUUAUCGUCGUAAAUUUCAGUAUCAGUAAAUUUUCGGUUUCUCACCCGGCUCUGUGUUGCUGUAGAAACAGACACACGAACCGUCCUGUAGGUGGAGAGAGGAGAAAAGUGUUGCUCUGCCAGUCAGAUAGAAGUUUGUGUGUGUUAGUGAAGCAGAGGGACAACAUGAGCACAGCUGACUCCUGCAGACUGAACAGAGAGGGGCUCAUGUGAAGGGAGGUCCUGGGGUGGGGGUCUUCUCUGGAGUUUGUCUCCGUGAGGUUACUCCGUCUCCUCAUUUAAAGUUCCUGCACUUGAUUCACGGCCAUCAGGUGGCGCUGUGAGACACUGUCGUGUUGUUAAAGCUCUGUCCUCAUGUCAGUCCAACAUGUUGGAUGUUUUAAAUUAAAGCCACAGACUCUCAGCUCUUCUCCAUAACAUGAUGUGGUCUCCUGAGGGAAGAACAGAGACCUGGAGGAACGUUCUGUCCUCGUCCCCCUCCGCUCCUCCAUAUGUUGAACGUUUCCGUCUGUCGUGAUCCUCUCCAGUGUUUCUUUCUUCUCUCAGGUUCUCGUCAAUGAUUUCUUCCUGGUCGCCUGCCUGGAGGACUUCAUCGAGAACGCUCGCCUCUUCAUCUUCGAGACGUUCUGUCGGAUCCAUCAGUGUAUCAGCAUCAGGUACUUUGACUUCAGGCUCAGCGGGGGGCCGUUAAAGGACACGUCUGUAGUUUUUGAAGAGUGUCAAACACUUCAGAGUCAAAAACAGGAACUCUGAGGAUUUCUGAAGACGCCCCGCCCCCUGAAGGAUGUUUACUGAACUGAACCCUCCCCCGCCCCCCUUCACUCUCUCCACCCAGCAUGCUGGCUGACAAGCUCAACAUGACGCCCGAGGAGGCGGAGCGGUGGAUCGUCAACCUCAUCCGUAACGCCAGACUUGACGCCAAGAUCGACUCCAAACUGGUGAGUUUGUGCCGUCACUGAUCCACGUUCAGUCGGAGGAGAGGAGACGGCGUGAUGAUCAGGAUCAAAUACAAGUCCUGGUUUCACUCUUUUUCACUCCUUUUUUCUCUCCAUCUUGUCUCAAAAUUCAUCCGUGACUCAUGUCGGCGUCAGAAAACAUCAGAGGAAUUUAUCAGCGAACAAAGAUCUUUAUAUUUGACAAACGUUUUCAUGAUCCUGUGAUUCUGCGAUGAUCUAAACACACCAAGAAGAAAAGCAGAAAAAUCCAACAAUAGAAAGGUUUAAAUAAAGAGUGAAAUUCAUAAAAGUCUUAUUUUUAUACAAACUUUAGUCUCAUCAGUGUCUCACUUCAUCAUAAUCGUCUCCGUGUUGAGCUGCGAUCGAUGAAUUUCUCUGAAUUUUGACCGUUUUUCUGUCUUUAGGAACGAAAUCUCUCCUCCUCAGAUUCAUCAUUUACUUCAGUUUGAUUGACAAACACCCAUAAUCCUCUCUGCUUCAGGGUCAUGUGGUGAUGGGAAACAACGCGGUGUCGCCGUACCAGCAGGUGAUCGAGAAAACCAAGAGUCUGUCGUUCCGCAGUCAGAUGUUGGCGAUGAACAUCGAGAAGAAAGUGGCGCACAGCAACAGGAACGAGGUAACCGGCGCUCCGAAGACGGAAAACUUUACACUCCAAACUAUUGUGCAAAUCUAUCUAUCUAUCUAUCUAAAUAUCUAUCUAUCCGUCUGUCUGUCUGUCUGUCUGUCUGUCUAUGUUCUAUGUUCUGUUUAAUAAUCAUGAGUUUGUUACAGGUGAGCUCAGGUAAGAGAAAAUCUACAGAAGGACGUUCCACGUUUUAUUAAACAGACGAAUGUUUUUCAUUAACAUAAGAAAGAAAAAGGAUCUUCUUCUGCUGAAAAGACUGAAAUAGUUCAACGAUUUGGACGAGGAAGGAAAACCUUCGAUACUUCAUGAAAACUAAAGUGUUACUAAAGGGUUUAUGUCUGAUUCAGAGAACACGUGUUUGUGGAGAUAAAGACUCAAUGAGGAACGUUUCUGACAGACGAACACAUCAGUUCAGGAGAAGGUGGAGAUCUACGUUCAGCUGAACUCUUCUGUCUCACUCAGUUUUACUCUGAAUCUCGUCUGUUCGGCGUGUCAGGACUCAUCCUCGUCUUCGUUCUCUGACCUGUCAAUCAUGUUUGUUGUUGUUAAGCAGCUUUUUUUAUAUCAUUGAACUUUUUCUAAAGAUCAUUUUUCUGCUUUUUUACAGACGCCUAACUGGGCUGCUCAAGACUCGGGCUUCUACUAG